AUGCUUGCAUCGGGCUGCCGCGCAUCAGCUGUUUCGCUACAGGCUCCUCCUUGUCGUGGCGAAGGCGGCGAAGGGCUCCAUGUGCUCCAAAACGGUGGGAGGUUAAGCCUCAACCAGAGCUCAGCUUCACCUGCCGGGGCCUCGUCGGUCUGGGCUGCCACAGCUUUGGGCCUCUCCUUCGUAGGGAGUCGAAGGAGGCGCAGAAGCUGCAGACUUGCGGCGGUGACGACUGCAGAGCGGACUGCGUUGCCUCCGAAAGCCCUCUCGUUUCUGCAGUCAGCGGACGAGUCUGCAACUAGUACAACUGCCCCUGGCAAGGGAGGGAAUGCUUCCCUGGAGGGGAUUCGACGGGCCGACAUGGUGUGGCAGAGAAUCAAAGAGCGGUCCGCACGAAAAGCGCAGGGAGAAGACCUGGACCCACCGAAGCAAGUAGUUCGACGUGGAGAGACGAAGUCUCCUGCAGGAAUGCAGUCUUUUGAUGUUGUGGUCUGCGGCGGCACACUUGGAAUUCUAGUGGCAAGAGCAUUGCAGAAUGAAGGGUACGCCGUUUGCAUAGUGGAACGUGGUGUUGUCCGCGGGCGUGAUCAAGAAUGGAAUGUGAAUGCUCAAGAGCUCGAGCCGUUGAUUCGGCAGGAAAUCAUCAGCAAAGAGGAAGCAGACCAAGCGUUGCAGUCCAGCUGGCCGAGUUCGCGUGUUGGCAUGGAGGGCGCUCACGCAGUUGAGUUCUAUGCUGGAGCGCUCAAUGCUGGUGUCUCGCCAAAGGUACUCGUGGAUGCCGCUCGGCGCCGAUUUGAAGCAGCAGGGGGAGUGAUCAUGGAGCAGACGAUGCUGGAUGCAAUAGACAUCUUCGAUGAUGGGGCCGUGCUGCAGUUGAGCCGACAAGCUGAAGGCAAAGUGCAGGUGAGGGCAAGGCUUGUCCUGGAUGCCAUGGGAGCGGGGUCACCGAUUGUUGCGCAGGCACGUAACGGUGCACCGCCAGAUGCAGCUUGCUUGGUGGUUGGCACCAUGGCAAGUGGGUUCCCAGCGGAAGCCAACAAAGCUGGCGACUACCUCUACGCCUGCAUGCCCAAGAAGGGGUCGAAGAAGUCUGGCCAUCAAGCUUUCUGGGAAGCGUUCCCAUCAGAAAACGGUGGCAGGGAUGGAACAGAGAGAACAACAUACUACUUCACAUAUGUGCUGCCGGGCCUGGAUAACUUGCCGUCGAUCACUGACGUAUUCGAGGAGUAUGUCGACGCAUUGCCAGAGUAUCAGAACGUCCGCUUGGAGCAGCUGGAGGUCAGGAGGGCCCUGUGUGCCAGUUUCGUCGCUUACAAGGACUGUCCUCUCCCAACGCCAUUCGACCGGGUGCUCCAAGUCGGGGAUGCUGCGGGCAUCCAGUCUCCUCUCUCUUUUGGCGGCUUUGGAGCCUUAUGUCGACAUCUCCCAAGACUGAGAUUGGCCAUCUCCGAGGCUUUGCAUGAUGAUCUUCUGAAGGCCACGGAUCUGAGCCAAAUCAAUCCAUACUUACCAAACCUCUCCAUGCAGUGGACAAUGUACAGGUCCAUAGCCCAACCACCCGAAGAUGAGCCGGAGUUUGUGACACGAAUGAUGGGAGGCAUUUUGAGCGCCUCAGCACGUUGCGGUGAUGAGGUGAUGAUGCCUAUCCUUCAAGAUGUCUUCAGCCUUGGCUCCUUGGCCCCUACAUUAGCUUCCUGGAUGUCACGAGAUCCCGCCAUAAUUCCGCUCUUUGUGCGAAGCAUGGGCGUCUCAAAUGUGGCAGCCGCUCUGAGCCACUUGGCCUCGCUGACCCUUUACACGGGCCUCUCGAAGUUGGAACCUCUGCUGCGGCCCUACGCUGACACGCUGCCAGCCGCGGAGCGCUUCCAGUGGCACCGGCGCUUCGAGGCGUGGAAGUACGGAAGUGGGUUGGACUACGAGCACUGA